UGAACAACUUGUUCGCUCUCAGCAAUUGAGAAGCGAAAUUCUCAAUCGUUUUAAUUUUUAAUUAAUCCAACAAAACGGUGAUCAUCUCUGUUAACACAAGGCCUGCCGGAGAGAAUCUCACCGGCAAUUGGGUAGUUUUCCGAUGGCCGGAGGGAGCAAAGGAAGGUCCUUGGAGCAAACUCCGACAUGGGCCGUCGCAGUUGUUUGCUUUGUUCUUGUUGCAAUCUCUAUCUUCAUAGAACACAUCAUCCAUCUCAUUGGCCAGUGGUUAAAGAAGAAACACAAGAGAGCUCUAUAUGAAUCAUUGGAGAAGAUCAAAUCAGAGCUUAUGUUGCUUGGAUUUAUUUCUCUGCUGCUAACGGUAGGGCAAAGUGUCAUCUCCAAUAUCUGUAUACCUGCAAGUGUGGGAGCCACGUGGCACCCAUGCGGAAAGAAGCAGGAAACAGCCCUAGAUGGUGAAGAUGAGUCCGAACACCGGCGCCGCCUUCUCUCCGUGACUUCUCGCCGGUUGCUUGCGGCGGGGGCGACCGACAAAUGCGCAGCCAAGGGAAAGGUAGCUUUUGUGUCGUCAGAUGGGAUUCAUCAGCUCCACAUAUUCAUCUUUGUUUUGGCUGUCUUUCACGUAAUUUACUGUGUCGCCACCCUUGCUUUGGGCAGAGCAAAGAUGCGUAGUUGGAAGGCAUGGGAGAAAGAGACGCAGACAGCCGAGUAUCAAUUUUCACACGACCCAGAAAGAUUUCGAUUUGCAAGAGAGACGUCAUUCGGAAGAAGACAUUUAAGCUUUUGGACAAAUACACCAAUACUCAUGUGGAUUGUGUGUUUCUUCAGGCAAUUUGUGAGAUCCGUCCCUAAGGUUGAUUACUUGACCUUGAGACACGGAUUUAUAAUGGCACACUUGGGACCAGAAAGCCAUGCCAAAUUUGAUUUUCAAAAGUACAUUAACAGAUCACUAGAACAAGAUUUCAAGGUUGUCGUGGGCAUUAGUCCACCAAUCUGGUUCUUGGCGGUGCUUUUCUUGCUAUUCAACACACAUGGGUGGUAUUCAUACUUGUGGUUGCCGUUCAUCCCCUUAAUUGUGAUCCUUUUGGUGGGAACGAAGCUGCAGGUGAUUAUAACCAAGAUGGGUCUAAGGAUUGAGGAAAGAGGCGAAGUGGUUAAAGGAGUGCCCGUAGUCCAACCGGGUGACCACCUUUUUUGGUUCAACCACCCCCGUCUCAUUUUAUAUCUCAUCAACUUUGUCCUCUUUCAGAAUGCGUUUCAAGUAGCUUUCUUUGCCUGGACUUGGUAUGAAUUUGGGCUCAAGUCUUGCUUCCACGAGCAUAUAGAGGACAUAGUGAUAAGAAUCUCCAUGGGAGUUCUCAUUCAAAUUCUAUGCAGUUAUGUCACACUACCUCUCUAUGCCCUUGUCACUCAGAUGGGGUCUACAAUGAAGCCAACAAUAUUCAAUGAUAGAGUGGCAACUGCCCUGAGAAACUGGCACCAUACAGCCAAGAAACAAAUUAAACAAAACAAACAAUCUGGUUCGGUCACACCAAUGACUAGCCGCCCAGGGACACCUCUCCACGGCAUGUCCCCUGUUCACCUCCUUCGCAACUAUCGAUACGAGACAGACAGCCUCCACACCUCACCUAGGAAAUCAAACGUUGAUCAAUGGGAUACUGACGGCUCCAUUUCCCCUUCCCCAGCCCACAACCAUGGUACUAGUAAUGAGGGUUCUUCAUCACAGUACCGCCGCCAGCAACACCGUAUAGAGAUGGCAAGUAUUGAGCAGCAAGACAUUAGAUAUGAUCAUGAUCAUGAGCCAACGGGAUCCAGCCAGGUGACAACUAAUCUCCCUCGUUUGGAAGGGGAACAACAUGAGAUUCAAAUGGGAACUGAUGGGCAAAAGGAUUUUUCCUUUGAGAGAAAAUCUGGCGUAUGAAUAUCAUACUAGCUAGCUAUCUAUGACAGCAGAAGAAGAGAGAUAUCAAACGCAGAUCAAUUAGAAGACUGGACAGAAGAGGAAGAUCGAAGUUUUAUCUUGUCUUCGUGUAUAUAAUAUAAUAUACAUGGGACGAUAUCUCUCCCUGUUUUUUCCUUUCUAUUUCUUCAAUUGUUUCUGUUUUAUUAGGUUAUUAGUAGGUUAUGCAAAUUAAUUAUAUUUUAAUAAUCUUUUAUACGAA